CUUCCCUCCCUUCAUGACCUUCACCCCGCGUUCUAUCCUCGUCGCCGCUCUUCUUGCCUCUGCAAGCCAUGUUGCUGCCGUCCACUUGAAGGUCCGCGGCGAGCUUAGCUCACGAAACCCUGUCGCGUCGUCAGACUCGCUCUCCAAGAGGGACCACCUUUCUGGCUUGACAAACGGAAAUAACAUCGAUUACUACACCAAUAUCACGCUGGGAAGUAGCUCAUUUAAAGUACUUAUCGAUACUGGCAGUUCCGACUUGUACGUGGCGGGCACCGUGUCCGAUGCUGAGGAUACAGGCGAGGACGCCUCUGUCUCAUAUGCCAUUGGCGAGGUCGAAGGCCCCGUUAAAACUGCUUCGUUGACAUUCGCUGGGUACACUGUAUCAGACCAAGCCUUCAUCGAGGUAACGGCUUCGUCCGACAAUCCUUCUGGCGAAGGCUUGAUUGGCCUCGGUCCGAACUCAGGUUCUCAAGUGUAUUCAGCAUUGGGCUCGAAGUCCUCUGGCGCAGCGGUCGUGGAUCGUAUCUUUAAUCAAAAUACCUCCACCUCCAACUACAUCUCUGUUCUCCUCGGCCGUUCGGAUGACCCAGACGAUACGUUCCCCGGUGAUAUUACCAUUGGCGAGAUCAUCUCCGGAUACGAUAAUGUCACUAGUCAACCAAAGGUGGAAGUCACCUCGGCCUCGAGUUCUACGGGGCAACAUUGGCAGAUCCUCCUGGACGAAAAUGGCAUUUUGGGACCCGACGGAGAGCCCAUCAAUGUCACGACUGGAGUGUCCGGAACGUCAAACAAGAAACAGCUCACGGCCGUGUUCGAUACUGGUUUCUCGUUACCCCAAGUCCCACAGACUGUUGCGGACUGGAUUUACGGCCGUUUCGAGGGCGCUCUGUUCCAAAACUUCACUAGCACUGGUGGUCCAGUCUGGACCCUUCCGUGUACGACUGAGGUCAACCUAACAUUCCUUAUUGGCGGCCAACGUUACCCCGUGCAUCCAUUGGAUACACUCAUGGACGGCUUGAUCAGCUCCAGCGAGAAUGGUACAAAGUACUGUGUCGGAGCGUUCCAGCCCAUAACGACUGCCGCAUCGAGCAGCUACGAUGUGAUCCUUGGCAUGUCCUUCCUUCGUAAUGCGUAUUUGUUGAUCAAUUAUGGCGAUUUCCUCGAGGAUGCGACUAUCACCUCUGACCCCUACGUCCAGCUCCUCAGCGUGACAAACGGCACGGGCGACGACUCUGCCCACUCCGAUUUCGUCUCCGUCCGUCUGGACGGCGUUGACACCACCGGAGAUGAAACGCUUUCUGACACGCCUUUAUCCUCCGGCAACCCCGUUGACGGCGACGACGACGACGACAACUCCGUAAAGAGCUGGCUCGACGAGCACAGGACAUAUGUCAUCAUCGCCGGGUCCAUCGCAGCAGGUUUAUUCCUACUCGGUCUGCUUGCUAUGAUUUGGAGGUCGUGCAGGGGCCGUAGCUCGAGAGGGACGUAUGGCGCCGUCGGCACCGCUGGCUACGCUCCAGGAGGGCCAGGGUGGAGAUCCGAUGUCGGGCCGCGCGGUCGUAGCAUCAGGAGUAAUCUGGGUGCAUUUGGGGGACCGCCUGCCUAUCAGCAACUGCAUGACCCGACACCACCUGGGGAAAAUGCGUACGGGAUGCAAGGGCAGAACUACGGGCAGGGUUAUGAGAUGGAGCAAAGGCCGUACCAGAGCCCAUGGGACCAACAACACCCGCGUCACUAAGCCUGGACUGCCAGUGUCGUAUAACACUGGGGAUGAAAAACAUCAGUCAGUUGUUUCAUUUCAUUUUUUGGGGUCGAGAUUGUAUAGGUGUUUGGUUGUCUCUCGCCACUCCUUUCCUCUCUUGUAGUGUCAUGUUCGCUCAUUGCUCUCAUCUAUAACGGCUUCGCCUAACGCGGCCCACUAUUUAUACUCAACUAUCGCAAUCAUUUCCACUGGACAUUGUUACGGAAUCUUCUCUACAUCGCUGUCGUACCAUAUUACAGUAGACCCACUCGUUAUAUAUAGGCAGCGUGUAAUUGCUUACUAUCAAAUAUUCAUGGACAGGAGCUCGGUUGGAUAGGAUCUUGCACAAUUCUUAUUUUUAC